GCGGACUAUCUGCACCAUGGAAUGGGGUGGUGUAGUCACCCUCCUCCUUGUUAUCUGUGUUUCUUGCCAUUUACUUAUAUCUUCUAAGAGGAAACGACUGCAGAAGGGAAAGCUUCCUCCAGGACCCACUCCCCUGCCCCUGAUCGGGAAUUUCCUGCAGAUUAAGUCAGGAGAAACCUUAAAAUAUCUUCUCAAUCUGCAUGAAAAAUAUGGCCCUAUUUUCACGGUCUAUUUGGGAACACGUCCAGUGCUGGUCUUGUGUGGACACCAAGCUGUGAAGGAAGCUCUAAUAGACAAGGCAGAAGAGUUCAGUGGAAGGAGUACCAAGCCUACAUUGGAGAGGGUUGUCGAAGGACAUGGGGUGGGCUUUUCCAAUGGAGAACGCUGGAAGCAACUGCGCCAAUUCUCCAUCACUGUCUUGAAGAAUUUUGGAAUGGGGAAAAAGUCUAUUGAGGAGCGAAUCCAAGAGGAGGCCCAAUUCCUGCUGGAGGAAUUUCGUAAAACGAAGGGAAAACCUUUAGACCCCACCAACCCUCUCAGGAAUGCCGUCUCUAAUAUAAUUUGCUCCAUUGUGUUUGGGGACCGCUUUGACUAUGAGGACAAGGAAUUCCAGGUCCUUAUGAGGCUAAUACACAAUUUCUACUGGGAAGUGAGCUCAACCUGGUCCCAGCUCUAUGACAUGUUUCCCACUUUUCUGAAGUACUUACCAGGGCCCCACACCAGGGUCUAUGACAUUAUGUCAGAUGUGUCAUUCUUCAUUGCCAAGAGAGUGAAGAAGAACCAAGAGACCCUUGACUCUAACUUCCCACGUGACUUUAUUGAUUGCUUCCUCAUCCAGAUGGAAAAGGAAAAAGGCAAUCCACUUAGUGAAUUUAAUUUUAAGAAUUUGGAGCAGACCAUAUUUAAUCUGUUCUUUGCUGGAACAGAGACGGUCAGUUCAACUCUGAGAUAUGGCUUCCUGCUUUUGAUGAAGUAUCCUGAAGUCCAAGCAAAAGUGCAUGAAGAAAUUGAUCGAGUGAUUGGCCAUAAUCGCGUCCCAAACAAUGAAGACCGGAGACAGAUGCCAUAUGCGGAUGCUGUCAUCCAUGAAGUACAGAGAGUCAGCGAUCUUGUACCUAUGAAUGUGGCCCACAUGGUUACUCGUGACACUGAAUUCAGAGGAUACUUCAUCCCUAAGGGAAUGGAGGUUUUCCCCAUGCUCAGCUCUGUUUUGCAUGAUCCCACCAUGUUUAAAAGCCCCAGUGGUUUCAACCCAGAGAACUUCUUGGAUGAGAAUGGAUGCUUCAAGAAGAAUGAUGCCUUUGUGCCAUUCUCCUCAGGGAAACGGAUUUGUCUGGGUGAAUCACUGGCCUGCAUGGAGCUUUUCCUCUUCUUCACCACCAUCCUGCAAAGUUUCCAGUUGAAGCCCCUUGUGCCCCCAGAAGACCUUGAUCCAACCCCACUGCAGAGUGGCUUUAUCAGUGUCCCACCCAUUUAUCAUUUCUCCUUCAUCCCACGCUGACUUCAGGAUAUCUUUUUUCUUCAGCUUGUGGCUGUUAUAAUCCGUAUUCUCAAACUCUACGGGGAGAUGGAAGGGCAAUUGAUUUGAUCACUGCCUCCACCAGAGAGGGGAGUCAGCAACAAUGAUUUCCAUACUUCAAUCUCUUAUUAGGUCUUGUUGUACUGGGGUACUACUGAAAUUGCAGCUGGGUAACAGGGAUACUUUUGACCCAUUCCUACAUUUUCUAUCUCCUGAAAAAUCCUAAGAGAGUGAGGUCUCCUGAAUAUGUAUAGUUAAGUGAUUUUGAAGUACCGAGGAUGCCUUGAAAUUAUCUAGUGGGAAACCAUCUCAAUUCCAAAUCUAUGUAGCAGUUGGCCCUCCUUAUCUAGGGGUUCAACAACUCGUAGCUUGAAAAUAUUCAAAAAAUUUAAAAAUACCAAAAGUAAAUAUUGAUCUUGUCAGGCUCCUUCUUUGGAAGCUUUUAAACAGAGGCUGGAUGGCCAUCUGUCAGGGGUGAUUUGAAUGCAAUAUUCCUGCUUCUUGGCAGGGGGUUGGACUGGAUGGCCCAUGAGGUCUCUUCCAACUCUUUGAUUCUAUGAUUUUACAUACAAGGGACAUCAUUUUACUACCCCAUUGAGUAUAAUGGUAUUUGGGCAUCUACCCAUUUUAUAUGCACAGGAGAUCUUGUAGCCAAAUUCCAGCAGAUACCAAGUGGCUCAACUCCACAUUUAUGGGUCAGUAAUUUCACAUUCAGCUUUUUCCUGAUCAAUAGAUGAACAGAUCUUCGUCAACCAGAAUGAAUGUUGCCUCAUAAAUGGAGAUUGGAAUCAGGAACAGAUAGGGAUUUUGAGUAUGAAUCAGCAAUAAAUGCAUAAUUCUAGAUGAACUGUAUUAGUGAAUUCUGGCCAAU